CGUGUGCUCUUCUGAUCGUCAGCCAUGUCCGGCCGCGGCAAGGGAGGCAAGGGGCUCGGCAAGGGCGGCGCCAAGCGCCACCGGAAGGUCCUGCGCGACAACAUCCAGGGCAUCACCAAGCCGGCGAUCCGGCGGCUGGCGCGGAGGGGCGGCGUGAAGCGCAUCUCGGGGCUCAUCUACGAGGAGACCCGCGGCGUGCUCAAGAUCUUCCUCGAGAACGUCAUCCGCGAUGCCGUCACCUACACCGAACACGCCCGCCGCAAGACCGUCACCGCCAUGGACGUCGUCUACGCGCUCAAGCGCCAGGGCCGCACCCUCUACGGAUUCGGCGGCUAGGUUCUCUGUCGCCGCCUGCAGAUUCCAAAAGCUUGAUGGAACCCCGACUUGUCUAGUUCGCUAUUUCGUGUGUAGUUCGAACUGAAUCGUGGAACAAAGUUGUUCGCAUGUGUUUGUUGGAAAUGAAACUUGUCUCUGUCAGCCUGUCGUAAAUCUGAUUUUGUUCGCUGGUUGGUCUUC